AUGCCUCCUCGUGUUGUUGCCAGCCCCAAGAAGAAACAGACCAAGCGCAAAGGUUUGGAGGUGUCUAAGCGUCAGUCUAAGAAGCCCCGAGCAGCAGAACCUGUCAAGACAUCUGGCACGCCACUCAUGUCACUCCGUCUAGAUAGAAUAAGCACUGAUGAACCUGAUAGACAUUCUGGCCGCGCCAAUGCAGGAACGGGAGGUGGGAAGGCUCAAUUGGAGAAGAUUGGAGCAUUGUUAGAAGCUCUGUCUUGGGUUGCCACCCCGCCAUAUAGUCAUCAGCUACUACAAAUGUUCCUAACACCUCACGCGCAGAUUUGCACCGCCAACUGGCUCUUUCUGGACCAGAACAUGUGUGACAUCCUGUGCAAGGAUUCAUUGGUUCUGAUGACAAAGAUGACAAAGAUGACAACACAACGAGGAAGACGAACAGAAGGAGAAGGAGGAGAAGGAGAUGCAGUCACCAGCAGCUUGGCUGGGGAGAGGUUGGUGGACAUCACACUGGACAUCCAGGCUAAUGAUUUUCUGGGCAAGAGCUUCCCUUCGCAACCUCAAGUCACUCAUCCUCGUACACCAGAAUUUGAGUUUCCUAUCUCCCGCGAGAAGAUGACGCGGUUUGCACAGACCCAAUGUCUUCAUCGUUCCAACAGUUCAAUGUAUGAUGGGUUGACUUGCCAGUAUUGUGACGACAGUUACUUGCCCUUUCAAGAUCCUCUGGAUACCUUGCACAUGCAGCCACAGUCACAGGAAGUUCACUUUAGUUGCCAAUUUACCGUCGUCUGGAUUUGGCCACAACAGAAAUCUAACAUGGCUCGGCUGUUGUACAAUGAUCUUGCAACCUGGCGAUCCGACUUGAAGAAAUACGUUAUGAGCCUUGCGCCCCAAUCAUACUCGCUCAUUCCCCGCCUUCGGUCCCCAUCUAAGAACGUGCAGAGACCUUACCGAAUCGCACACAGGCAACCAGACAUAUUCCACAACCAAUUGCCUGUGUCAUGUCUGGCUUUGUACAACUGUGUUCUCAAUGGUCUCGCAAAGAAUGGCCACAGAAAAUAUUACCCAAAGUUUACUGCGAGGGAAUACAGCCCUAUCUACUCCAAAAUGGUCCAAAUGCUCAAGGACAUCCUUCAGGAUCUGUAUCAUGGCCCUAGGACCGCAAGUUUGAGGGUCGACGGAGCUGUGGGGGCUCAACAUGACCACCUGCAGAUCAUUCUUGACUGA